AUGGCUGCGGAGCUUGUUCAGUUAAAUCCAGGACAACAGGUACUGUCGAAAUAUAAUUGAGAUGUUUUCUAGUAAGUUUUUUUAGGUCGAGAGAUGGACUAUUGAGAAAAAAUUAGGAGAAGGAGGUUUCGGUGCAGUUUAUCGUGUAUUUGAUGCAACUGGAAAAUAUGCGAUGAAAGUCGAAGGAGCAAAUGAACAAAUUCAAGUGUUGAAAUUGGAAGUAUCUGUUCUCAACGAAUUGUCAAAACGUGGAAAUCGUCAUUUUUGUAAGAUUGAAGACAAAGGAAGAUACGGAAAUUUCAAUUAUGUUGUGAUGACAUUUGUCGGAAAAUCAUUGCAAGAUUUGAAUAAAGCUGGACCUGGUGGACAUAUGACAAUUGGUUGUUCAAUUGCUAUUGGAAUUCAAGCAUUGGAAGCAUUGGAAGAUUUGCAUGUUAUCGGAUAUCUUCAUCGUGACGUUAAACCUGGUAAUUAUACAGUUGGACGUAUUGAUUUGGGUGAAUUGCGUAAAGUUUACAUUCUUGAUUUUGGUAUGUGCAGAAAAUUCACUGGAAACGACGGAACAAUUCGUAAACCAAGACAAGCUGCUGGUUUCCGUGGAACUGUUAGAUAUGCUCCAAUUAGUUGCCAUUUACAACGUGAAUUGUGUCGGUAUGUUUUGGAAAUAUUAGGGUGCCACGUGGCUCGAAAUUGUGCCUUUCUAAUAAAAAAAAUAAUAAUAUGAUUUCAGUAAAGAUGAUUUGGAAACCUGGAUGUAUAUGCAGGUCGAAUUAUCCUAUGGUCAACUUCCAUGGCAUCACGUCAAUGAUAUGAAUGCGGUUGGACAACAAAAACAACAAAUUCGUCAAAAUUUGGCGAGUCUUUUCCCACAUCCAUGUCCAAACGAAUUCCAAGAUAUCAUGCGCCAAGUUGAUGCUCUCAAAUAUUAUGACGCGCCAAAUUAUCAAGCAAUUUAUGGUUUGAUGCGUCGUGCUUUCGGAUCGACUGGAACUCAAGAACACUCUCCUUAUGAUUGGGAAAAUGGAGGACCAUCAGCUCAUGUUGUACAAUAA